AUGCGUAGCAUCAAAUAUAUUCCUUUAUUUCUCUCAUUCAAUUAUGCAUUGGGCGCCGUAUUUAUACGCAGAACCGCAACAGAUCCGCCGGUAGAACAGCAGCCAUUGACAAACGCUGCUAUCGAAGCACUCCCCUCCUACGAUCCUGUUAGAGUUGCUACUAUCCAUUAUGAAUACACCGGAUCCUCAGCUGAAGUGCCGCAAGUACAGGCCGAGCUGUCGGCAAUGCAGUUCAUUUUCCAGCAAUAUGGUUUUAGCGUCACAGACCUAGCGAUCCCCCUAUCUUCAAGUUCAGAUGCCCAGGCUUUUUUGGAAACAGAAAUUGCGUCACUGUAUGAUGGGCUAAGCGACUCUGGGUCACUUGUGAUCCUUAUAUAUGGGGGCCAUGGUAGCCCAGGUGGGCUUUGGUCAAUAAACACAGGCACAUUCACAAAUCCUAUAAUUAUUCAAGUUGACUGGGGCAGCAUUGACGCCAAUAUCAUUACUCCAACAGGUGUCGAUACUUUCCAAAUUAUAGACACAUGUUUUGCUGGCUCGUUUGUCGCUGCAUCAAAUGACAUAGACCCCGCUUCGUUUAAGGGUCGCGCAGGUUUCAGUGUUAUAGCAUCUGCAAGUGCUAGUAGCACUGCUGGCGCAAAUCAGUUGGCAUUUACCAAGGCGGUUAUAAAUACUUUGGCUCCUGCUGAUGGUGCUCUUCCUGCUAAUUUUACACCUUCAAGCCUUUUCAAUGCCCUUCCAGUUGUAGGCCAGACUUAUGCAAAGAUUACGUUGGAUCAGGUAGAAGUUGAUGCUAUGAUUUCUGGGUCAUAUAGACCUCAAUUUUAUGAGCUAGGUACAACUAUUGGAGUGCCUGGUACUGCACCGAACACACAUAAAAUUGGAUACUUGAGUUGUUAG